AUGAAGUCGACUACCAUUCUCUCUGUCCUGAUGGGCAUGACCACUCUCGUCUCUGCACUACCUGUUGCAGACGCCAAUGGCCUUGGCCUCGUCGAACCCAUUGGGCUUGCCAAGCGAAUGCCUCAAAAGAAGAUCGACGCAGUCGACGUUGAGAAGCGUCAAAAGAAGAUCGACGCUGUGGAUGUUGAGAAGAGACAGAAGAAGAUCGAUGCCGUCGACGUUGAGAAGAGGCAGAAGAAGAUUGAUGCAGUUGACGUUGAGAAACGCCAAAAGAAGAUUGACGCCGUAGACGUCGAGAAGCGUCAGAAGAAGAUCGAUGCCGUUGACGUUGAGAAGCGCCAAAAGAAGAUCGAUGCUGUCGACGUCGAGAAACGCGAACCUCAGAAGAAGAUCGACGCCGUCGAUGUCGAAAAGCGCCAGAAGAAGAUUGACGCAGUCGACGUUGAGAAGCGCGAACCCCAGAAGAAGAUUGAUGCUGUCGAUGUCGAGAAGCGUCAAAAGAAGAUUGAUGCUGUAGAUGUUGAGAAGCGCCAAAAGAAAAUCGACGCAGUUGACGUUGAGAAGCGUGAGCCUCAGAAGAAGAUCGACGCCGUCGACGUUGAGUAA